AUGCAAAUGAAGUCGAACCCCAGGAGGUGUGAGGAUAUAAAAGAUGCUCACCUCCGUGGAAACACAAUUCCCCCUGGACUGCGACGAUCCUGCACGUUUUGCGCACACUUUGCGUGGUUUCUCGUGCUUACAGCUUUAGCGCACGGAUUUGGAAGGAAGAUGACUUUCUACGAUGACAUUUACCCAUUCUACCCGCUACAAAGAACCCCGUUUAUAUUCAGCGGCAGUCUGCUCGCUGUCAUCCUGGUGUUCCUGACGCUGCUCGCCAUCCUGCUCCUCAUUGUGCCCGGGAUACGUGGCCGAUCGAGGAUUCUUUGGACAUUCAGGAUAAUUAUCAGCUUAUUUAUAGGAGUAGUUAUAGUUGUUUUAAACUUCACGUGUGACUGGGCUGAAGGAAGCCUGAAGGCUAACACUACAUACAAGUCCUUCAGCAAUGUCGUGGUAACUGCUGAGGUUGGUCUGCAUGUGGGCCUGUAUGGAAUUAACAUCACCCUAAGAGGAGAUCCUGUGGUACAGUUCAACGAGAUCAUCAACUACAACGAAAUGUUCACAUGGUCGGGUGUCAUAGGUGAUGAUUAUUCUGAUGCCCUGGAAAGAGGACUUCCCAAUCCCAUCCUGUACAUUGCUGAGAAGUUCACCCUCAACAGUCCCUGCAGUCUUAUUUAUCAGUACCAGUUCUCAGGCAGAUUCGCCUCGGCCACCCUGUGGACAGCUUUUUGCUGCUGGAUACUGGCCAACAUCCUCUUCUCAAUGCCUGUCAUCCUCUACGCCGGCUUCAUGAUGGUUGCUACGGCCGCUUUUAUCUUCUUCUCCUUGGCCUCCUUUUCUACAAUAUACAACCUCUCACAGUGCACCUUUUCUAUAGGCGCAGAAUCCUUUCAGACGGAAUAUAGCCAUUCUUUCUGGUUAGGUGUAGCUACGGGUUUAUUGUGUGCAGUAAUUGGUAUUAUAGUGAUUCUGCUGGAUUACUUGAUCCCAGAGAAGAUGAGAGAAGCUUUCAGUGUUGGGGUGGAUGAGUAUGAUGAUAACAUGUGCUCCGUAUCAGAGGGCUACCUCAAUAACAGCUUCCUAGAAGGAGUAAGUUUAGAAGGAGUGACUGUAAAAGGAAUGAGUAACGGACCACAGAAGACCACCACUUUAACUAAGCUCUGAGAAACAACCUGAAGCCGACAAGGCCACCAUUUUACAUACUUGAAAUUCACACAUCCUACAGAAGGAAGCUUUUUAUGUUGAUGUGGUUGUAAAUAGAACUGUAAAAAAAAAUUCUGUAACUUUACAUACAUAUAUGUGUAAAUAUGUAUAUACAUAUGU